AGUUUAGUGGAAGCCGGUUAGGUUCACGUUUAUACAAUAGUUUUACCUUGAAAGUGUUUAAUAAUGGCUCCAACAGUGGUUCCUUAUCCAGAUUUCAAUGCCGAGGAUGAUGCAAAAGCUCUAAAACAAGCAUUCAAGGGUUUCGGAACAGAUGAAGAAGCAGUAAUCGAAAUUAUUACAAAAAGAAGUAAUGAACAAAGACGAGAAAUAGCGAUUACAUUCAAAACAAUGUAUGGCAAGGAUCUCAUUAAAGAACUGAAAAGUGAACUUAGAGGAAAUUUUGAAGAUGCGAUUGUAGCUCUGAUGACGGAACCUAUCGAGUUUCAAGCCAAACAGUUGCAUAAAGCUAUUAGCGGAUUGGGAACGGAUGAAAGUACAAUUGUAGAAAUUUUAAGUGUCCACAACAAUGAUGAGAUUGUAAGAAUUUCGCAGGCCUAUGAAGGAUUAUACCAACGCUCUUUGGAAUCUGAUAUCAAAGGAGAUACCUCAGGAACAUUAAAAAGAUUAUUAGUCGGAUUAUCCACGGGUUGCAGAGACGAAUCCGACGUCGUAGACGAAGAAAGUGCCUUUAAAGAUGCUCAAGCAUUAUUACAAGCUGGAGAACUUCUGUUUGCUGGAACAGAAGAAUCAGUAUUUAAUGCUGUAUUUUGCCAAAGAAAUAAACAUCAGUUGAAUUUGAUAUUCGAUAAAUAUGAAGAAAUUGUUGGGCAUCCUAUUGAAAAAGCCAUUGAAAAUGAGUUUUCAGGAAACGCUAAACAAGCCAUGUUACACCUUAUCCUGUGCGUAAGAGAUCAAGUUGCAUAUUUGGUAACCAGGCUGCACGAUUCAAUGGCAGGCGUCGGUACUGACGAUAGAACUUUGAUCAGAAUUGUUGUUUCGAGAUCUGAAAUCGAUCUGGAGGAAAUCAAACAAUGUUAUGAAGAAAUCUACAAUAAAACCUUGGCAGAUAGGAUAGCGGAUGACACAUCUGGCGACUACAAAAAAGCAUUAUUAGCCGUUGUUGGUUAAGUUUAAUGUUUGUGUUUUGUUUUGUAAACUUCUUAGUAAUGUUUGUCCAUUUUUACUCGCAUUUUAUCUAUUUUGUUUUAAGUUUGUAUAGUUGUUUUACUGCUAGCUAGCGAUUAAAUGUUUUUCUCUUUGAUAUUAUAUAAACGGCAGUUCCUUUUUAUCGAAUUUUUGUUUUUAGGAGGAGGUAUCAUCAGAUGUUAAAAAGACUUUGUUGUCUAUUGUUGGAUAAAAUUCUUUAUACCAGAGUAUUAUUAAUAUUUUUAUGUAAUAAUAAGAACAAACUUUUGUAACUUAUAAAUCCUACUUGUAACUUAUAAAUAUAUGUCUUACAACG